UAGAUUUAGGAAACAUAAAUACAAACCAGCAAGAACAAAGCAAGUCUAUGGAAGAAGUAGAUAUAGAUGAACCUCAAUCAGAGGAAAUCUUUUGUAAUACUAUCGAUGCCAAAGAAAAUAAAGAAAUGAGUAAUCCUACAUUAAUAAAAAAUGACCAAGCUG